UUGUAGACUGCGUACUCCUGAGACACUUAUAUAUUUUGUUUGUAACAUUUUUGUAUUUUUUUUUUUUAUUGAGUGAUUUAAUUAAUAUAUAUCUAUGUAAUAAUAUUAUUAUAUAUUCUAUUAAACGUAUACGUUAAUGGAUUUUAUCGUCUGGAUUUUUGGAUAAUUGUUAAAGUAUAAAUAUAUUACGGAUACAUUUAACAUAGACAAAUCUUACACAAUAAAUAUCUUUUUGAUUAAAAAUUAAAAUUUUUUUGUCAUAUCUUCUGUAUGCAAUAAUUAGAUUUUUAUGUGAGUGAAGGAUGUAAGAUGUCCCAGCACGGUGCUGCACUACAAACAUAUAAUCAAGAAUUAGUAAAAUUUUUUCUGAAACUUUUUCAAGGUUUAGAAGAAAUGAAAUUAAAGAGAGCAGAACUGCAAACCCAAAUUGACUCGCAAGAAGAAGAAAAGAAUAAUUUACAAAGGGAGAUAGAAAAAAUGUCACAUAAACUUACACGACUGAACGAUAGCCUUGCAAAAAGGGUAGCAGUUAGAAAUGAAUAUGACAGAACUAUUGCGGAGACUGAAACAGCAUACAUGAAAAUUUUAGAAAGUUCGCAAUUAUUACUUAAUAUGAUUAAAAGAGAAGCCACAAAUUUAGAUCAAUCAUUGGUGAAGGCCAGUAUGGAUAAACAAUUUAGACAAUGAUCAAUGAGUUAACAAAAAUAUUAAUAAAUUUUGUAUAAUGUAUUUGUUAAAACAUAUACAUUAUAAUGUCUAUUAAAGGAAUCGAUCUAGCGAUUUGUAACGAGUACAAAAUUGUAAUUAUUUUCUAUAAGAUGAUAGACUAUUUUGUAAUUAUUAUACACGAUGCCGAAAUAUUAAUA